AUGCUCACACUUUUCAAGCCUUGGCGGAGUGGAUUGGAUCUAAAGAAUGCUACUCAGACCUGGGAUAAUGCCUUCUACUUGCACGAGUUCUCUCCACGUCAGAAAGAAAUUAUAGGUAACUUCAAUCUUAGGUAUGAAUGCAAUGACUCACGAGAUGACUACAGUGCUAAGCUCAAGAAGGAUUCCUUGACUACUGGACUCAUGUCCUCAUGGAUGACUGAUGAAGAAGUGCACAAGCUUGAUGACACCAAGGGAAUAAUGGAAUACAAUGACGAUGGCCCAGUCAUUGACUUUGAUGAAGACAAUUUCCUGCCAGACCUGCUCAAUGAGGAUUCCUAUUGUGAGAAGGAAAUGGCUGACAUUCAGAAAGUUAUUACAGAUAUAGGCUGGCUAAGCAAAUUGAAAAAUCUGUCUCCAAUUGAUAUUUCAAGCAUCCAGCUCCAAGAUAUCAUUCCAAGUACCAAGUGGAACAUAAUUGUUGCAACUGCUAAGCAGCUUAUUCUUCGUAAAAGGAAUGAACAUCUUCCUAGCAGUUCAUCAAAGUCUGAAGACAUUGAGGCUGGAGAUGGAUAUGUAGAUGAAGUUGUUGUCUCUCCAAUGUCUUAUAUUGAUAAGAAAUUCAAAGCCAAGCAAGCUGAGGAGCAAACCUUUAUUGAUGAGACCGUCAGUGAAUUCUCCUUGAAUGAAGAGCAAGAGCAGGCAUUUUGUAUAGUAGCCAAUCAUGCUACACUCCAAAAAGUUGAGCAGCUUAAGAUGUAUCUUGGAGGUAUGGGUGGUACAGGCAAGUCUCAGGUUAUUAAAGCAUUGAUAUUGUUCUUUGCAAAGAGAAAGGAGUCUCAUUGA